AUGAAAAGUGGUAAAGCGCGAAUUUACUGCAAUAAUUGUGAAGAAGAAGACUCCUCAACCGAGGAUGUAGAAGAAGAAGAUGUUCAGUUGUGCGAGAAGAUUUUGAAAGACAUUCAAAAAAAGGUAAGCGCCCUUCCGAGUCUUAUAAAACAGUUAGAUUCCAUUACACAAAGUAUGAGCGUUCUCUCUGACAAAUAUGAUACGUUGCUAGAAGAGCAGGAACGCUCUAAAACAAAAAUAAUUAAAUUAGAAAAUACCGUUACGACUAUCAGCAACAAAUGCGUGUACUUGGAAAAAUGUAACGUCGCGCUUGAACAAAAAAUACACGAGUUCGAACAAUCCACUCGUAAACACAAUAUUGAGAUUGUAGGUAUUGAAGAGAUGCCCGGUGAAAACAUAAAAGAUAUUGUCACUAGAAUUGGAAAUACCUUAGGAGUACAUUGUGAUGAGAUUGACUGGUCUAGGCGAAACAAAGUUAACAAACAGAAUAAUAAACCAUCACCCAUUGUAAUAGGGUUCAAGACCUCAGGCACCAAUAUUCGUGACACCUGGCUUGUGCAACGUAAAAAGCUAGUUGGGGUAACCAGUAAUACAAUUACAGGUGGUAAAAAUAUGGAUAAAAUAUAUAUAAAUGAGGAUCUCACAAAAACCCAACGGGCUUUAUUAUGGAAUACCAAGAAGCAAUUACAAGGCAUAUACAAAUAUAUCUGGGUGACAAAUGGCAAAAUUUUAGUAAAGAAAGUGGAAGGUGAUAAAUCUUUUUGGAUAAGAUCGGAAAGCGACAUCAGCGAUUUACUAAAAGUGAAGUGA